AUGGCAAUGCAGCUCUCCUUCCUUCAUAUUUUGUGUUUUUGUGCCGCUUUGAGCACUUCCUAUGCUCUUUUGGGAAUGGGACGAAAACAAUCUGUGGCAGUGACUGGAAGGUUGACGUGUAACGGAUUGCCAGCGAAGGAUGUGAAGAUUAAGUUGUAUGAAAAGGAGAAAAUCAAGGACGUGAAAAUGGACGAGACAAGAACCGAUGUGAAUGGAGAGUUCAAAGUGUCUGGCUACAAGACAGAAAUCACUAACAUCGACCCUCAAGUCAAUAUUUAUCACAAAUGCAACUACAAUGGACUGUGCUAUAAGAAGGUUGGCAUCAAGAUUCCAAGCAACUUCAUCUCAAUUGGUAUUCUUCCGAAGAAAACGUUCGAUAUUGGGGAAAUCAAUCUGGCAAAUCAGUUCAAGGGAACUACUACUGAUUGCAUUAAUUGA